AUGUAUUCUUCUAAACGAAAACGAAUUAAAUUCGAAUGCAUGGAAUGUGGCAGCAUUUUCAACAAUGACUACAGGCUUCAACACGAACGUAUAGUAUUAAUAGAAUGUGCAAUAAAAUCAUUAUCAGAAAUCUGCAAUGAUACUAACCAAUUAGACAAACAUAUAUCUAGUGCUAAAGUGUUUGCCAUAAAAAUGAAAAUUGACCCGAUUAGUGAUUUUGAAAAGCACCAUAGAAAACGAAUAAAGCCUAGAAGAAUUGAUUCUAACUCAUCUUCCCAAGUUAAUUUCUCAUUAGAGUCAUUUUACAGAAAAGAAUUUAUUGAAGUGUUGGAUACAUUAAUUACUUUAAUGUCAUCUAACUUGAAGUGCUGUCUUACUUCAGUUCAACCGACAACCGUUGUAUAA